CAAGGAAGAGCUGAAGGAAAAGUUGGAUGCCCUUCAAUGCCAUUUCACCUGGCAUUUGAGUAUAGUAGGCCACAUUGAAACUAGCCAUGUCCUGCAGAAGCUGGCUGUUGAAAUCAAGUACACACCCCACCAAAACCAGGCAGCACUCUUGGGGCUGCAGGCAUACCUGUACCAGCUGGAAGGUCAGAACAGAGAAGCUCUGCAAAGCCUUAAAGAUGCUGAAAAGCACAAGAGACAAGAUAAGCAGCAGGCAUCUGCUGCUGAUUCUUUGGUUAUCUAUGGGAAUUAUGCUUGGAUUCACUACCUUCAGGCCUCUUACCAGGAGGCUGAAAGCUAUCUGGAAGAAGUUCAGCAGCUCUGCACAACUCCUUUGGAUGCACAGCUGAUCCCAUACAUCCAGGCCCAGAAAGGCUGGUCCCUCCUGGCUAUCAGAGCCCGGAAUGGGGAACGGGCAAGAGAGUGCUUUGAAGCAGCAUUGAUGCUUGAACCAGAGAACAAGAACUUCCAUGCUGGGCUGGGAAUGGCUCUUUAUUCCUCCUGGAAUUACUUCUGGUAUCCUGAUAUUGCAGAGGAAGCCAGAAUCCAGUUGGAAAAAACUGUUCUUAUGCAUCCAAAUAACUACAGAGCCAAAAUAUAUUUAGGUGUUCUACUUGAACAAGUGAAUACAGAAAGAUCAAUUGGCUUGGUAGAAGAAAGUGUAGAGAAAAGCUCUGAUCCUGAUGUCCUCAAGGCUUCAGCUUCCUUUUGGCUGAGAAGAAAUUCUGCAGACAGGGCGAUUCAGAUAUUACACCAAGCCCUGGAGCAGAAUCCAGGUUACCACCUUCUCUACCAAGCCCUGGCCAAGUGCUAUAAGAUACAGUGGCUUAACGCAAAUAGCGAAGACAAGAAUAACAUAUUAGAAGCAGCUAUCAAGGACCUCAACCAAAUUCUUCAGGAACAUCCAGACCUUGUGUUUGUAAAGCUGCAAUUGGCAGAAUUCUAUGGUGCAAGAAACCCAGCACAGGAAGAGAAGAUCUACAGAGAGCUGCACAAAAGAAAGGACACCCUGAGCCUCAAAAGCCUUCAAGCCCUUUAUCUCUACUGGGGAAAGUUCUUCUUCUACAAGAAGAAUUCACUUGAUGAAGCAAAAGCAAAGUUUAUGGAUGGUUACAAGAUUCCCAUGGCAACAGCAGUGAGGAAGGAGUGUGCCCAGAAGCUGACCAAGCUGGCUCAGCACUACCAUGGUGAGGCUGCUGCUGCUAUUUUACGCUUCAUGCGAGAUACAGACCGCCAAUUGCCUGCAGAAUUCUCUGGAGGCGACCUAGAAUGA